GUGUCGUUUCCUCUGCGGGAGGGUAUGACGUCACGCGAGGGCGUUUUUCUGUUCGGGGGCGCACGUCCGGUGAGCUCGGCUCCUCCUCGGCGCCCCACUCGCUGCUCGCGGGGACAGAGAGAGGUGGAGAGACAGACAGAGAGGACGUGGAGCCAUGGACUUCAACGUGAGGAAGCUCGCGUCUGACGCGGGAACUUUCUUCAGCCGCGCCGUGCAGUUCACGGAAGAGAAGCUGGGCCAGGCGGAACGCACGGAGCUCGAUGCCCACUUUGAGAAUCUGCUGGGCCGUGCGGAAAUGACCCGGCACUGGACCGACAAGAUCAUGCGCCAGGCGGAGACCCUGCUCCAGCCCAACCCCAAUGCGAGAAUAGAAGACUACUUCUUUGAGAAGCUGGAAGGGAAGGCUCCCCUUCGGGCCACCAACUCGGAGUAUCUCGGCCAGUACAUGAUUGAGGCCGGGCAAGAGUUUGGACCGGGCACUGCCUAUGGCUGCGCCCUCAUCAAGUGCGGCACCACACAGAAGGAGCUGGGCAUCUCGGAGAAAGAUUUUAUCCAGACGACGGCCAAUGGCUUCCUCACGCCUUUGCGCAACUUCUUGGACGGCGACUUCAGGACGAUCGCUAAGGAGAAGAAAAUUCUGGAAAACAAGCGCUUGGACCUGGACGCAUGUAAGUCCCGGCUGAAGAAAGCUCGCAGCGCCGAGGCCAAGGCUGCGACCGAGCCGGAUUUCAACGAGAUCCGCCCGCGAAAUUACGUGCUGUCGGCCAGUGCGGCGGGGCUCUGGGCGGACGAAGUGGCGAGAGCCGAACAAGAGCUCCGUGUGACGCAGACGGAGUUUGACCGGCAAGCUGAGAUCACGCGCCUGUUGCUGGAAGGGAUUGGGAGCACGCAUGCGAACCACCACCGUGCACUCAAAGAGUUUGUGGAGGCCCAGGCUGCAUACUACGCCAAGUGUUACCAGAGCAUGGUGGAGCUGCAGAAGGAGCUGGGCAGCUUCCCCACGUCCUUUGUCUCCAACAACAACUUGGCGGGGGCCGCGGGUUCCGGCGCCGCCUCGGCCGGCACCGGCGGUGGCGGCUCGGCGCCACCGGUCCCCACGCCAUCCAUCCUGGGGCUGCCAUCAGCCGAGGGCGCCCCCCCUCUGGUGACCGGCACGCGGCGAGCGCGCGUCCUCUACGACUACGACGCAGCCGACAUGAGCGAGCUGUCCCUGCUCGCCGACGAGGUGGUCACGGUGUACAGUCUGCCGGGGAUGGACUCGGAUUGGCUGAUGGGCGAACGCGGGAACCAGAAAGGAAAAGUUCCGGUCACGUACCUUGAGCUGCUUAAUUGAGUGCACACCGUGCAGGCUUAAAGGUUCUCUGGAGGUGCCCUCGCUGCUCGGGUCUCCGCUGAGCAGUCGGCCUCCUCCAUGCGCGCGUCCCCAUUUCUCCGUUCAGUUUUGUUGUCCGUUCAAAAGAGAGUUUGUGUUUUCACACGCGGCUCUUAUUCAUUUGGAAUCUCCAAGUCGGUUAGGGUUGUUUUAGUUUCAGGCCAGAAGGUGACAAAUGCUUUGAAGCGUAUGCCAGACUGAGAUUGAACGAUCGUCAUUGCAAUCAUUUUCAACAAAAAAUUCCGGCUGCUUUCUUGGAAUACUGAGCAUAAACGUUUUGCCCAUAUGCAGUGUCUGUGUGUAAUUUAGAAGUCCGUCUAGGACUACUAUACUACAUUUAAAAGUUUUUUAUUAACUCUCACCUUGUUUCGGUGUAUACGUUGUAUUGCCAUGCACGUCUGGUUUCAUCGGCGCCAUUCAUUUUCUGGACCAAGUGGACACUUUGAUUUUGAUGGAAUGCGUUUUUAAGUCAAUUUCCCCAAGAAAGCUCUGGAGUGUUGUGUAUUGAGCAACCCUCAAGCCAUGGAACCGGCGCGUGUCUCUGUUGCCCUCUCAGCAGCGGCGGGACUCCUCAGGGGAGCGGGGGGGGGGGGAUGAUGAGGGCCACUACCCAGGUCACAAAGCGGUGAGUGGGGGGGAGCGACAAUAAUUUGAUAAAAAUAAUUAACAGCUUGCGUCACAAAGCGCCUGUAUAAUGGGGUAGCGUUGGCACGCAAGAGGAGUCGCAUUACGCGUAGCAAAUGGCGACAUUAAAGGAGUGUUACCAGAAAACUAAGUGCUCGUUUUAACUAUAGAGCGCUAUUGACAUUCAAGGCCAGACCUACUCGGUGAUCCGUUCCGAACGAUGCCAGUCGCAUCAACUGGAUUCUCCUUAAAUGUUUAGCAAACUAAGCCAAAUUUUCUAAAUACCGGGGUUUGCACGCACACGCGCCUAUGAGGCUGAUUGUGCGCUUCUAUUUUGUGGAUUGUGUUUUAGUUUUUUCAAGUUGCGCUCCCACAUUUAAAAUUCAAGCGUAGAUUUCAAUCGUUUCCGCCGACUCCUUUCGCUGGAGUCUUGUCGUUAUUUUGGUAGAGAUGCUUACAAGUACGCUCCUCCGCGCCUGGGAAUCAGCACCAAAGUGUUCGUGUUCCUCCCGCUAUACUUUACACUGGGAAGUGAUUUGGCAGGGUCCCCACCCCCUCUGCUCUGGCUGGAGAAACAUAAUAACAAUACUAUUAUUUAUUUUAUAAAGCACCUGUCACAUUGAAAUAUCUCAAAGCGCUAUACAAACAAACUCGCAACUGUCGAUAAAAUCCGAGAGAAAUAUGGGAAAACAUGACAAUAACAAUAAUGACAACUACACUCGCACUGCAGACAGAAUGAGACAUUGAUAAAAGCCAGUUAUAAUGAUACUCGUCGGUAAGAUCCAAUCAGACUACAAUAAAAGCCAAUUAAUAAUAGGUUUUCAAAAACAUAGUCCAUGUCAUGCCCGUGUCUCUAGACUCUUGUUUCAGAAGAGUCCUGAAUUGGGGUUGAUUGGCCAAUUCCAUUCGAAGAACGUUUGACAACUGUGGAAUGAGUAUCUGGAGAUACCCAAUCCUUAAAGGGAAAUCAAGUUUAGUACAGGCAGGUCUAAAACUGACUUAUUGUACUGCUAUCUCCUGGCCAGUGUGCGACUCUGCGUGUUUGGGAGUUUCGCGGAUCUGUGUGAUCAACAUCCAACAAAUCAUCAGUGGACGUUCUGCCAUUUUCAACGCUUGGUUUCUUUUUUUUGUGAUUUCCGUUCCCAUCGCAUGCUGUUGUUUCACCUAGAAAAGUACAAAACUGUCUGGACUGAGUCUUUCAGAGGUGAAUGACUUCAGGGACCAAGGUUGUAUAAGCGCUGGUGUUUGAAAAACAAGUGCAUUGCUACCUUUGUCAGCUAAUUCCAUGUUCAGGGUACUGCGGGCAGGACGUAUAAACGCUUUGAAACCUCCAGUGCUCUGCUUACUUGUUGCUAUCGUCUGGCUGAACGAGCCACCGCUUUGCGAAGUUAUCGCUGCUUCACGAGAAGUUUGAGGGUCAGGCAGUUUUUUUGUUUGUUUUUUAUUGAAGUUUGAAACUAUUCCUAAACCAAUUUAGAAUGUGAAGGUCGGGCUCAGAAGUAGGUCACUACAUGACUCGAAUUCAGAAUUGUUGUAAAUUGCUGACUCGUGUGUGUGUGUGUGCGUGUCAAUGUACUUUUGUGUGUGUGUCUGCGUGCGCCAUGUGUAAAUGUAAUCAUUGAACACCUGCUUGUUGAGAUGAGUGUACAGCGUUCCCCUGUGGCUGGAGCCUCUCUCACUCUGUUUGUGGUGGUCGUGGUGGUGCCAUUUUUAACCCAUUCCUCACCGGACACUGCGAAAUCCGUUUUGCAGUUGCCGUUGAUGCAUGCGGCUUGUGCAGUUUGGGCUGUGGUACUCUGUGCAGUUUAAUUUCACCGUUGCUUCCAGUGUACAUAUGAAGAAAUGUGACCUUCACAAAAGCAUGAUGGCCAUGCUCUGUCUACUUGGCAUCAAGAUGACUCGUGUCCUUUACCGAUCGAGGCCUCGCUGAGUCUCAAGACUUUUUUUUCAGCAGGGGCCUGCCAGAGUUGUUUGGCCAAAUCCCUUGUCCAGUGUUUUUGCCUGUCGCAGGAGACUGCAGCGCCCACGUUCGAGAGGCUCACGCUCUAGAACGGUUCCUGUCUGGACAUGCAGAAAUGUCAAUGGAGCUCGCAGCUUUUCACAGCCAAUUCAUAAUCCCGAGAAUGGUCUUCCACGUGAGCGCACGCGUUAAACGUUUCUCUCACGCUUUCACCAUGCACUGCUGUGAGCGUCUUCAGGAGUUGAAGAUGCCUGAAGGUGACCACCCCCAGUCGUGUGUGGUCAAAGCUUGAGAGACGAAACGCAAAAGCACGUGGCCUAGCCCGAGUUAUUGAGAAAUAGGCACUACACGGAGUGAUUUAGUCGAAUUUGUUGUCCUUCCCCUGCACCUCCGCUGAGCAUAGUUGGCUACAUCCGGUGUGAAAGAAGUUCAACAUACAGAUACAAGGAAGCGGCUGUUAAAUUUGGUACCACUGCUGGGGAAAGUUGGGCUGCAGGCGAGGUCAGGAUGGACUUCACAGCUGUGGAGUUGGGGGAGGUGAGAUGAGUUGCCGUCAUAAGAAACGGGCCACGCUUGCUUUCGGCUACUUCCCCGGCACGGCAUGGCGCGGUGUUCACGGGAGCGGUCGUGCCCCCUGCCGCCCCCCGGCCCCGCGUGUGGCGUGGCCGCAACGAGGCCGCGCCAUCCGAUGAAGAUGUCUUACGUCGCUCGCUUCCGUGCCCGUUGUCACGACGCCGCAGCGCUGCGAGCGGCCCGCCGUGCAUGUUUCCAGGACAUUUUGUGCAAGCGAUAGUAAUAUAAAAAAAAUAAACUGUGUGAAUGAAAG